AGGUCUUAGAAUUUGCUUGGGCAUUGAGAUUUAGAAGAGUAAUUCUAGAAGUAGAUUUUUAUGUUUAAAAAAAGAGUCGCAAUUGAAAUUACUCACACUUACAGAGGAAGAAUAGAGCAACUGAUUAAAUGUCCAAGGAAAAUCUUAAAAAACUAACUUAACUAAUUUAGGGUACAACUUUAUAGAUCAAACCCACAAAAGAACUAGCUUAAAGGUAGGAGUCGCAAGUUUUUAGCCCUAUUAUUCACAACAAAAACAAAAAUAAAAUAAAAUAAAAAUUUACUUUGUGUUGAGAACUUUUACUCCAUCGCCAGCCUCGCGCACUCUCUCCCUCUCGCAGAAAACAUCACACACAACGGCUAUCAGCAUCAGGGUCUCUCACCUCUGUGCCUCACUCAGCGCCACCGUACGGUCGCCGCCUCGUUUCCGGGCCUCUCGCCGGCUCCUCUGCCUCCUCUGUGCGCCGCCAGCCUCUGCUCGCCUGUGCUUCCUCCGCGCCCCUCGCCUCCGUCUGUAUCGUCCCGGCCGUCUUGGCUCCGCCGUGGAUCACCUUCUCCGCCUCCACCUUCUCUUCCGUGAGCCCGUGACUUUGGUUCUGCUUCUGCCGUGUAGAGGUUCUGUGAAUCUGACAACUAUGCACCCAACACAAGAAUUCAAAUGUGUAGAUAUGACCUAUGAGUAUGCAUACUGGAGAAAGAGAAAAGAAAUUUUGUGAGGAAAAACAUUAAAGUGGAAUAACAACGUCGUUGAAAAACAGAAAAUGGCUGCAUCAGUGUCUCUGCUUCGAAAACUGAGGAGCCUCCCUUUGUGUGCAUGGUUUGGGAGCAGGAGAAGGAGCUUGCGUUCUGAUGCGGCAUUGGAAGCCAUAGCCAAAGCUUCAGAAGACAAAGUUCCCAACUUGGUUGUCUACAACUACCCUACCUUCUCUGGAGCAUUUUCUGCCCUCUUUGCUCACCUCUUCCACAUUCGCCACAACCUCCCUGCCCUCAUUUUGCCCUUCUCUUCGGUUCCCUUUCUUUCUCUCAGGGUUGAAGAUUUGUGCAUUGUAGGCCUUGAGACCUGCUACCUGCUUGAUUUUAUUCCACCAAAAGAAUUUAUUUUCAAACUCUCCAAGCAAUCAAAAUGCAAGAUUAUUGGGUUUGAUCACCGGAAAUCGGUGCUUCGUAAUAUUCCCUCUGCUGAUGAUCUUGCUGAGAACAUUAUGAUUCAUGUUAACCAUGAGAAGAGUAGCUCCAGUGCUGUUUAUGAAUACUUUUCGAGAAAAAGUGCGGACAUGAAUUCUGAUGGUGUGGUUCCAAAUUUAGUGGAGUCGAAAGACAGGGAGCGUGUGGAGAUGAUUCUCAGCUAUAUUGAGGAUGGAGAUCUUCGCCGAUAUACCUUGCCUAACAUUAAGGCCUUUAACAUUGGACUGAAUGAAUGGCGGGAAAAGCUUAACUGCAUUUCCAAUCCGAACAUGUAUAAGCAGUUGCUGGAGUUAAGUGCUGAAGGUCUAAUCGCUAAAGGAAAUGCACAUGUUUCAUCUCGCCAGGAUGCUGCAAGUAAACUGCUGCAAAAGGUGUUUAGGGUUCGGUUGGGAAGAGGAUUUUAUGGAGAGUGCCUGGGUGUUCGGGCAGAUGGGAACUCCAACCUAAGUGAUGAAAUUGGAAGACUCCUUAGUUUGAAAAGUGCUGCUGCUGGUUUGAGACCCAUAGGAGCUGUGAUAUUCAUGCAACGGAAUAAUCUCAAAAUGUGCUUGCGUAGCAUGGAUAGGGUCACUGAUACCUCUGAAGUUGCAAGGGCCUAUGGUGGAGGUGGUUCCCCAAGUUCAAGUUCCUUCAUAAUAAGGAUGGAUGAGUACAACCAAUGGAUUUGAGUGAAUUGAUCCUGAGCAUUCCGGUUGAGAUCAACAGUGACAGUUGAUGGCUGGUUUAUUUACUUGAUGUAAUUUUGAGAUCGUCUGGCACGAUUAAUGAGAUCCGUUCACAAGACAGACGAUGCUUUGACAGCGGACCUUUUGAAGAUGAUAGUAGUGCUAUUGUGACAGAUCCUUAGACUAUCUUGAUAAUGAUGCAAGACACACGAGACUUGGAGAAGAAGGUGGAGCAGAGCAAGAAGGAAUACUUGAUCUUGGGAGUGGACAAGUCCACUGAUCAGGUUGACUUGAAGGGCAGAGAUAUUAAAGAAGUUUAACAUUCAGAUUGCAAAGAGGUGAAAUCUUUGUUACUCUUCUAAAAUUCAUGGUGCAUAUAAAUGUGACUGGUCUAAGUUCCCAGAGGCGUUAACUGUGGAUACCGCGUUAUGAAUGGUAGAAGAUUUCAACCUGUAAUCUGCGGUGUCAGUCACACAUGCGGGGCAUAUACUUUUGGAAGAUUGUCUUCUUCCACUUUUUCAGUUUUGCAUGCGUAUCAGUUUCGUUUCCAUAACUUAUCGAUUUCAAUAUAUGACGAUGACCAUGUGUAAGUCAAAACUUUGUUUCCCUUUAUUUUAUUUUAUCUUACAUAUAUUUAGUUUAUUAAAACCUUUACUCCUUUAGCUUUCUUUUUGUGCAAU